UAACAACUGCAUCACGCGAAAUGUUUACCUAAAAACGUGUUUAAAUAGAGGUUAUAAUCGAAUAACUCGUCGGAUUUUAACGUUUUUUAAACACCUGGUUAUAACGCGUUUUUUGAUACCUCUUUAUUUCUACUAAAAUUCUUUAAUAAAACUUGCAAAAAUGGUUUCGAUCGAAGAUAUAACGUCACAAUUGAAAAAUACUAAAGUGGCCACCACUGGGGUUUCCUUUGAGGGGAAAUCUCUGAAAUUAGAUACAGCUAAUGAUGCUAAACCUGUUGUGGAGGCAAUAGAUAACUGUCCGUAUUUAGAAUAUUUGAAUUUACAAGGAAAUACUUUGGGGGUUGAAGCAUCAAGUGUUAUUGCUAAAGCUUUAGAAAAACAUCCAGAAUUUAAGAGAGCUCAAUGGCAGGAUAUGUUUACUGGUCGAAUGAAAACUGAGAUUCCUAAAGCGUUGCAAUUUUUAGGUAAUGGGUUAGUUACUGCUGGAGCUAAGUUAACAGAAUUAGACUUAAGCGAUAAUGCACUUGGCCCAAUUGGUGUGGAAGGUUUAGCUUCACUUUUAAGAAGCUCAUCAUGUUAUGCACUUGAAGAACUUAGAUUAAACAAUAAUGGUCUUGGAAUUGGGGGUGGAAAACUCUUAGCAUCUGCUUUAUUAGAUUGUUACAAUUCAAGUAAAAGUCAAGGAAAACCAUUAUCUUUGAAAGUAUUUAUAGUUGGGAGAAAUCGCUUGGAAAAUGAUGGCGCAAAAGCUCUAGCAGAAGUUUUUUCGACUAUUGGCACAUUAGAAGAAAUAGAAAUGCCCCAAAACGGUAUUUACAACAUAGGUAUAACAGCUUUAUCAAAUGCAUUUAAAAACAAUUUAAAUUUAAAAGUUUUAAAUCUAAAUGAUAAUACAAUCGGACCUAAAGGAAGUAAAGCAAUAGCUUCUGUUUUACCACAAUUAAAAGAAUUAAGAGAAAUUAAUUUCGGUGAUUGUCUUUUAUUAAAUAAAGGUGCCAUUACUUUGGCUCACGGAUUAAAACAUUGCAUGAAAUUAGAGCAGUUAAUGUUGGCUGGCAAUGAGAUUAAAAGUGACGGUGGAAUUCAAUUAAUUAAAGCAUUGAUUAAUAAAGAAAAACUUGUUUGUGUUAAUUUGGGUGCUAACAAAUUUGGAAGUGAUGGAUGUGAAGAUAUAAAAACUUUACUAAAAGAUGUGGGGAAAUUGAAUACAUUGGAAAGUUUAAGUGAUGAUGAAUCAGCUGGUAGUGAUGAUGAUGAUGAUGAUGAAGAGGAUGAGGAUGAAGAUGAUGAUGAAAAAGUGAAUGAUGAAACAGGAACAGAAAGUGACCAUGAAAACGAAAUUAAUGAGAUCGAUAACAAUAAUGGAGUUUUAGAUUCAAAAGUUACAGUUGAGGAUUUUUUAAAGGAACCCACAUCAGAAAAUUUUUUGUCUUUAGGUGAUAACGUAGCAGAUUUACUGCUUAAAGAGGUUGAGAAAAAUAAUCAAACAUAUUCAGAUUCGUUACUUGUUAUUUUGAUGAAAGUAGCAUCUUUAAGUGUGUGUAAAAGUAAAGAAGUAUGUGAAAAAUCAUUAAAAUGCACUGACUAUUUAUAUAAAAAGAUAUUCACAAUGGAAAAUGAUGGGAAUUAUUCUCUCGUAAAUAAUUCUUUACUCGUUCAUCUUGGUUUGAUUAAAAGUGAAGAUAAAAAAGAAUUAGACUGGGAUUUAGGGGGUUGCUUAAAGGCGUUGCAAAGUGCGCUGAGAAAGAGUUAUUUACCAGAUAGUACAAAGAGCGUUUUAUGGGUAUUUUUAGAAAAGUAA